AUGGAGGAGAAUGGGGACACUUCCUUGCUAGAAGCAUUAUACCGCGCUCUAAAUGAGGUUGUAAAUCUAUCUGAGGGUGAAAUCUACAGUUAUGACUCAGACUCUGAUGUAGACCCGUUUAUGGAAAAGGGUGCAAUCUGGUCUUUCAGCUUCUUCUUCUACAACAGGAAGCUAAAGCGGGUUAUGAGCUUCUGUUUCUGCUGUGUAAGGUAA